CCUCUUCUAUGUCAUUAUUGUCAUUCAAAGUUAACCUCAAUUUUCGUGUUGAAGUGUUUUGAAAAACUUGAAAAAUAAAAUGACGAAGUUACAAGAGUGGCUUUCAGCAUUGGGAAUCUUUUUCGCCAUUUGGUUUUAUCUAAUUACAAGCAAAACACAGAGUAGUUUUAUAACUGAGAAUUACAGUUUAAUUUUAUACUCGCCGCUAAUUUGCCUUGUACUAUUUGGUUUAUAUGCUGCAACCGUUGUUAUAUAUAGAACACUUACUUUUAAUGACUGCCCAGAAGCUGCAGAGGAAUUGCAAAGGGAAAUCAUAGAAGCUAGAGAAGAACUGACAAGGUUAGGAUUUAAAUUUAAGGAGAAAUCAAACUAGCUCUUUGAAUUUUGUACGUUCCCUAAAUUUUAAGUAUAAUUAAGUCAGUAUCUUUUUUAUGUGAAAAGUUUGCAAUAAAAUUACCUUAUGAUUUAA